AUGGCUGUCGGAACAUUGAGAACUCCUGAAGUCCCCUUCUCAGCAUCUUCUGCCCCCCAUCCCAACUGGAUUUACGACGUUUUCUUGAGUUUCAGAGGCAAAGACACACGUAAAAACUUCAUCGACCACCUUGAAUUCGCUUUGAGAGAUGCAGGAAUCAACACCUUCAGAGAUGACAACGAGCUCCGAAGAGGAGAAGAUCUUGCAUCCGAAUUGUUACGAGCAAUCCAAGGGUCCAGAAUUUGUAUCAUUGUUUUCUCGAAGAACUAUGCAACUUCAAGGUGGUGUCUGGAGGAACUUGUGGAGAUCAUGGAGUGCCGAAGAACUAUGAGAAAGCUGGUUUUGCCUAUAUUCUAUCAUGUUGACCCGUCAGAUGUGAGAAACCAAACAGGUAGUUUUGAAGAAGCAUCCACGAAACAUGAAGAGCAUUACUUAUUGGACAUGGACAAAGUUCUUCGGUGGAGAAGAGUUUUGUAUGAAGCUGCUAAUUUGUCAGGGUGGGAUCUAAGAAACACCGUAAACGGGCAUGAAGCAAAGUUUAUCAGAAAAAUCAUUGAAGACAUUUCAAGAGAAUUGAACAACACACACUUGUUUAUAGCACGAUACCCAAUUGGAGUAGAUUCUCGUGUGCAAGACAUGACUUUUUGCUUAAAUUUUGGAGCUGACGAUAUUCGUAUGGUAGGAAUUUUGGGAAUGGGCGGAAUUGGAAAAACAACCAUUGCUAAAGCCAUUUAUAACCAAUUUUUUUGGGGAUUUGAAGGUGGAAGUUUUCUUGCAAAUGUUAGGGAAACUUUCAUGGAACCUAGGGGUCAAGUUCGUCUCCAAGAACAACUACUUUCUGACAUCUUAAAGACAAGCAAGAUAAAGAUAAGUAGUGUUGAUAGAGGAAUCAGUAUGAUAAAAGAAAGACUUUGUAAUAAAGCAGUACUUGUGAUACUUGAUGAUGUAGACCAAAUGGAGCAACUAAAUGCCAUAGCUAGAAGGCGUGACUGGUUUGGUCCAAGAAGUAGAAUUAUUAUAACAACUAGAGAUGAGCACUUGCUAAAGGAGCUAGAAGUGGAUGGCAUAUAUACAAUUACAACAAUGAAUGACGAUGAAUCUUUUGAGUUGUUUAGUUGGUAUGCCUUCAGGAAUAGUUAUCCUACUGAAGAUUAUAUUGGCUUGUCAAGAAGUGUUGUUGCUUACUGUGGAGGAUUGCCACUAGCUCUCGAAGUUUUGGGCUCAUUUUUAUUCUCUAGGAGCAUCCCAGAAUGGAAAAGUGCAUUAGAUAAACUGAAAAUGAUUCCUCAUGAUCAAAUUCAAAAAAAACUUAGAAUAAGUUUUGAUGCACUAAGCGACAAUACAGAAAAGGACAUAUUUCUUGACAUAGCAUGUUUCUUUAUUGGAAUGGACAAAAACUAUGUUGUACAAAUAUUGGAUGGUUGUGGUUUUUUUGCAGAAAUUGGAAUUAGUGUCCUCAUUCAACAGUGUCUUCUUAAAGUUAGCAAGACAAGCGAGUUAAUGAUGCAUGAUUUGCUUCGAGAUAUGGGAAGAGAAAUUGUUCGUGGAAAAUACCCCAAUGAACCUGGGAAAUGGAGUAGAGUAUGGCUGCAUGAGAAUGCAUUUGAUAUAUUGACAAAGAACAAGGGAACAGAAACAGUUGAAGGGCUUACUUUAAAAUUGCCAAGUUUAAGUAAGAUCAAUUUCAAUUCAAGUGCAUUUAUAAAGAUGCAAAGACUGAGAUUACUUCAACUUGAUCACGUACAACUCACUGGAGACAAUAAAUAUCUUUCUAAAGAAUUAAGGUGGCUUCAUUGGCAUGGAUUCCCUCUAAAGUUUAUGCCAAAGGAAUUUUAUCCAAUAAGCCUAGUUGUGAUUGACUUGCAAUAUAGCAAUCUCAGACGAGUUUGGGAAAUUCCCAAGGUAUAA